AUGGGGCCCUCUUCGCUUGUCCGUGUCCCCAGGACCCGGGGCAUGAGUUCCCCCCACCGCAGGCCAGGUAUGGGCUGGCCCAGGCCCCGGUUUCCCAGGAUGUUUAAGCGCAGCCGCAGAAGGUACCAGCUGAAACCUCAAGGCCCAACUGCCACCAGUGCAGCCACCAAUCUUGCCACCAUGGUCACGGAUAUCAACAACACCCACACUGCCACCACCAGGGUGUGGAUCUUCCCAUCUCAAGUUCUCAGACAACUCUUUCAACCUGGGAGCCUUCUGAUCCUCUAGGAAGGCACGGAAACUAGCCCAGAACCUUGGCUUGUUCUGGACCUGCAUCUCCUAGGGGCCGUAGUGGUGAACAACAGACAA